AUGAAUCCCAUCGUUGGCAUCACCAUCUUCCUGACAGUCCUCCAGGCCACCCAUUGCCAGAUGAUCAAGGACCUGAAGGCCUGCCUUUUGGGCCAGAACCUGCGGGUGGAUUGCCACUAUGAGAACAAAACCAGCAACCCCCUGUCCUACGAGUUCAGCAUCACCAAGGACAACAGGAAGCAAGUCAUCCAGAGCACCAUAAGCGUCCCUGAUAACGCCUACCGGAACCGGGCCAAUGUCACCAUGCACAGGAACUUGGUGUGCCUCCACCUGCAGAGCUUCACCACCAGUGAUGAGGGCGUCUACAUGUGUGGACUGAGGGCCACCAACGACUACACCAUCAAUCAAACAAAGAACAUCACUGUCAUCAAAGACAAACUGGAGAAAUGCGCCGGCUUCAGCCUCUUGAUCCAGAACACCUCAUGGCUCCUGCUGCUUCUCCUUUCCCUGCCUCUCCUGCAAGCCGUGGACUUCGUGUCCCUGUGAGAGGAAAAGCGCACACACUCGCA